AUGUCGUCGUCGAGCCCGAAGGGUCCGAGAAUCCAGGCCCAGGAUGUGCUUGUCAAGCUCACCGUGAAGCAUCCUCGUCCCGAACUACACUACCCAGAGCGACGAGUUACCCUUGAGCAAAAGAACACCAGCGUUCUGAUUAUUGGCCGGUCCAGCAAGCGGUUCGAUAACCUGGAGGCGAAGAGCGAUAACUGUUACUUCGACAGCCCGGUGAUGAGCCGUGAGCAUGCCAAAAUCACGGUCGACUGGUAUCACAAGAAACUGAACAUCAAGGAUACUGGAUCCCUGCAUGGCACAUACCACAACUCCCAGAGAAUACACCCGCGUGUACCCCGCGAAUUACAGCAACGUGACACCAUCAAGUUUGGUAUCGACAUCCAGCGAUCCAACGAGCUGUUUCCGCCCUGCACUGUCGAGGUAGAGUGGGAGUGGGAUCACUUGGCCAAGACCACCCAGGCCCCGACCCAGAUCAACAUUCGGCCGUCAUUCGCAGUCCCUGACGACUCGGACAGCAGCGAUGAUGAUUACUCUACCGAAAGCGAUAUCCGCGCCACCAUCGAGAAGAUUCGCGAGGUGUACAAGCAAAAGCCGGCCGCAAACACAGCUAGCCUUUUCGCCAGCUCUAUCGACCUUACCAUGGACUCUCCCAUGCACGAGCCGGAGAUGAACGGGGAGGCUGGUGCUCCAAUCGUUAUUGACGAGGACACCCAGAAGCUCCCACAGCCUGUCUCGUCGCCUCGCGAAGAGGCUCCGGCCGAUCUGGACGCCCCUCACGACGAAGAUGAGGGUUUGCCGUUCAGUCCCAAUAACCACCGCCAACUUCCCCCUCCCUCAGUUUCUGGUGACGAUUCGGAUGAGUCUGACGACGAGUCUUACGAUGACGAUCUGUCCAGCUGCCCUGAUGAACAUCCUUCACCCCUGGGCCAGUUGCUCGACUCAUGCGAAGAAGACAUCAACCUUAGCGAUUGCGAGAGUGAAGGCAAUAGUGAAGAAGACGACAUCGAAGAAGGAGACUUGGAAUCCGACAAUGACAGUGGCUCAGACGUGGCGAGCGAGAAUGAGAGUCUGGCCGCCGAGCAAGACCGUCCCAUGAUUGAUCACUACGACUGCGAGUCUGAGGUUGACCAGCCUAAUCAGCCCGACUCGACCCUUUGGGCAGAUGAAAGUGCGUCCUGCAUAUACUCACAGCCUCCACCUGAAGUCAACGCAUCAUACCAACCCUGUUAUAUGCCGGCCGCCUGGCAGCCGGAGCAACCGGGUGUUCAGUCUACUGUACCACGCCCGUUCCGGUCGCUACCGAUGAUUCCACUUCCCGCCAUAGCCUGGCCGACACUGCCUGCCGUAGAGCAGGGAGAGCAGGGACGCCCGAACGACUUUCGGUUGCCAUCAAUCUUGAACCCCCUUGAGUCGCAAACUAGCCCCCUUCCCGAAGUCAGUAAUGACGCACAGUCGUUCUCUGCUAUCCAAUCAAUGGACUACUCCAUCCAGCGAGAGGAAUUGGCAUCGAGUCUCACUCACUGGCAAAAGGCUUACGUCGACCCCAAGCCCGCCACUGAAUUGGCGGAGAAGGACUCCCAGAACGAUGGACCUUCGGCUGAAGCACUGGGCCACCUGACCGGAAAGCUCGAGUUUUUUGCUGCAAGGGAGCAUAACAAGGCAACGAUGCGUCGUCAAGAGCAACGUCGAGAUUUUGUUGAACCCACCACCCAGGUUUCGAAGGCGGCCGAAGUGCCUGCCGAGGCUUCAACGUCCGAACCUCAGCUCGUCACUACAUUGGACGGAGCCGCCACUCUAGAGUCGGUGAAGGAGGUUCCCAAGUCCACCAAUGUCGCCCAGUCAGUUUGGUCAGCCUCCGGAACCAAGUUUCUCAACACUCCCCAGGAAUUUCCCUUGUCCGAUGUGAGGAACACUGACCCCGAGCUCGACAUGACAAGCGCCUAUCAGUUCCACCAAAGCAAGCUUGCAUCCAGCCAAUCCAAUAAUUCAGAAACUGCUCAACCCGCUUCGAGUGAGCCCGAGCAGGCUCAGGAGACAACAACUUCGAAGUCUCCCAAGCGCAAAGCAGCGGAUAUUUCUACUUUGGUACCUGAAGAAGAGGCUGCUGAGGCAGCUACAGCAGAAGCCCCAAAACAGGAAGGGUCUUCGGAGAACGUUGCGGAUGAGAUGAUGCAGUUGACUCCAUGCCACAGUCCGUCAACUAUCCCAGUUGUCGUCGAGUCUGUCGACGGAUCUUCACCCCCACCUUCAAAGCGUAUGCGAAGUUUCCUAAACAAGGCCGGAUACUUCCUGGGUGGAAGCAUGAUCACUGCGGCAGGUCUCGUGACGGCACUCGCUGCUACAGCUCCUGCUCUCUAG